CUGACAGUUUGAUUAACCUGAAUUAUCGAAAUACGAUGGGAAAGACAAUGUAUACGUCAGUAACUGAAAAGAAACAAGUACUGAUGCUAUUUCUGCUCGAAAUUAUCCUAAUCGUGCUAAUAGGAACAUUUAUGACGUAUGGUCCAGAGGCGAACGCUAAUCUGCUAAAAAAUCGUACCGGCACCGCCGACAAAUCUGGGCAAAUAAAAAAAUCGCAAGAUAAUCCAUUACGAAUUUAUCCGAUGUAUCAAGAUGUCCAUGUGAUGAUUUGGAUUGGUUUUGGCUUUCUGAUGACAUUCCUCAAAAAGUACAGCCAAAGCGCUGUUGGUCUGACUUUCCUCGUAGGUGCAAUUCUCGUCCAGGUGGCUUUAAUCUGCGAUGGCCUAAUGAACAUACAGUUAGGCCAUAAGGCUUACCUCUCGUUAGAGAGUCUGCUUAGUGCAGACGUUGCUGUGGCUACACCGCUUAUCUCCAUGGGAGCAGUUUUAGGCAAAGUGACUUAUAUGCAACUGGUGUUCAUGGGAAUAGUGGAGUUGAUUAUGUUCACCAUUAAUAAAUACGUAGGCGAAGAAUUGUUUAUGGUCGUCGACGCUGGUGAUAGUAUGUUCGUUCAUGUGUUUGGUGCAUAUUUUGGAUUGGCAGUUAGCUUUGUAUUCGGAUUGAAGGAAAAACCAAAGGAACAUGAUUUGGAAGGAUCGACUUAUCAAUCAGACGUUUUCGCCAUGAUCGGUACUGUGUUUUUAUGGCUAUUUUGGCCGUCAUUCAAUAGCGCUGCGUUGACAGGAGAUGAUCAACAGAGAGCUAUAAUCAACACUCUGUUAUCAAUAUCUGCAAGCUGCGUGAUCACGUUUGCUGUGUCGGCAUUGGUUUCUAAGGAUAACAAAUUCAAUAUGGUACACGUACAGAAUUCGACCUUAGCUGGAGGUGUCGCGAUUGGCACAGCUGCAGGUAUGAUGUGUCAACCAGUAGGUGCUUUGAUCAUUGGUGCCAUAUCCGGUAUAAUUAGUGUGCUGGGAUACAAAUAUCUUACGCCAUUUAUACAGAAACAUUUUUAUAUCCAUGACACCUGCGGGGUACAUAAUUUACAUGGAAUGCCUGGCGUGAUAGCUGCAUUUUUUGGGGCACUUAUGGCAUGCUUAGCUACGGAAGCCACUUACGAUUACUCCCUAUACGAAAUUUUUCCUGCACGGGCACCGAGUUCAGAGUUAAAAAUUAGCGAGAUGCGCGACAAUUAUGGAAUAUCAACGGGAUACAAUAGAACGGCGUAUCAGCAAGCGGGAUAUCAAUUACUGGCACUAGCGAUUACCCUUGGGAUCUCCAUUGUUUCUGGAUUAAUAACAGGUUUACUUCUACGUACGAUGAUGUGCGGGUGGGUCACUGAACAGCAGAAAUUCGAUGAUGAGGUUGUUUGGGACAUGGAAGAGGAAUUUCAGCACGAAUUUGGAAAAAAUCGAAAUGAUAACAAUCGCCCUAAUGAUCACAUAGUUAUGGGCAAUAUUUAAUAUGUUGAUAUACUAUAAUAUCCAACAUAUAAAAUGCAAAGUAU